AUGGCAAUAACAAUUUUACCAUUCAUACAACAAGGAAUAACUCGAUAUGGUAUUACAAUUUGUCUGAUAUUGGGUCCUCUAGGAAAUAUAUUCAAUUGUAUGGUGUUUACACGGAGUUCACAUCGUAAUAUUCCUAGUUCAGUUUAUUUUCUAUCUCUCUCGGUAUUUGGUAUUAUUCAUUCAAUUUGGUCAUUUACUCCAAUUCUUUAUGCACUUAAUCAUCCUGAUCCUCAAAACUAUUCAUUAUUCUAUUGUAAAAUACGAUUAUAUGGCAGUCAUAGUCUUGGCCUAUGUCUUCGUUAUGUUAUUAUGUUAGCUUGUGUUGAUCGAUUUCUUGUCACACGUACAAAUGUUCAUAUUCGUUCAUUAAGUUCAGUUAAUAUGGCAAGAAAACUUGUUUUUAUUAUGUUUGUAUUAUGUUCAUUAAUAGCUAUACAAAUACUUGUCACAGAGGACAUAAAAAAUAGUAUCUGUACUAUGUUGACUACAUACAAAUUACCCUAUUCAAUUUAUCAAAUCAUAGUUGUUAGUAUUGUACCACCAAUGUUAAUGUGUAUCUUUAGUAUUCUUACUAUUCGUAAACUUCAUCAACGACAUGAUAUUAUUCAAUCAAAUGUUAGAAGAAAAGAUCGAUAUCUUAUGCGUAUGGUAAUUGCUGAAGUUAUGAUAAAUGUUUUAACAUCAAUUCCUUAUUCAGCUAAUCUUCUCUAUGGAGCAUUAACAUAUUAUGUUGUAAAUAAAAGUGCUCUACGACUGGAGAUUGAAUCAUUUAUUUCCUAUAUUGCUCAAUUUCUUAUUUAUUUCUUAGGUAUUGCACCUUUCUAUCUAUUUAUAUUGGCAUCAAAACCUUUUCGAAAGGAAUUCAUUAAUUUAUUCAUUAACUUUUGGAAUAAGUACAUCAUACGAUUAACACGAAUUGUUCCAUUAUAUGACCCAAAUAUUUCAAGAAUAAAUAAUGGUCGGGCGAUUAAUCAUGACAGACAACAAAAAGCUACAUUGAAUCAAGAAAAAAAUAUCACAUCGAUAGUCUAA